AAGAAGGGAAGAAGGAAGCGCCAAGAGACCCUCCUCCGGAGCCAAGCCGGAUCCGCGCCCAGCUUACCCCCCCCCCCAAAAAAGCCUCCGAUCUUCAGGGAAACCCAAAAGGCAAACAGCCAACGACAGAACAGACACUGCAGUUUUCCAGAACUUGGGUAUUCCCACUUUGGUGAGCCGACGCCUAAGGAUCCAAGGGGGUAGGCUCUGCCUUCCAUGGAAGAGCCUUUGAUCCUUGCCUAUCUGGCGCCUGCAGCGGGGCGAAUCCCCAGCCAACUGGCCUCCACCACUCAAGAAGAACAGGAAUUCACGGCACGUCUAAGGCCUUGCCAGGAGCAGUGAAACCACCAUUUCGGCAGCCGCUGUGCCCUCUUCACUUCAAGUCUCUUCAGAAUCCCUCAGGAAAUGUCCGGCAGAGAGCGAAGAUGAAUAAGUAGCCAUCUCCAUUGGCUUUCGCUGGGAUAUUUUCGCCCAUGUCCAGCAGCAUACAAUAGAUUUUGAGCAUUCCCCUGUUUUUACUCAGCUGUUUCCGGGCUCCACUCAGCCUUCAGGGAACCCGAAGCAGCGACAGCAACAGCCAGGAUGGAAGAACCUCAGCAGGUGAAGGAUGUGGGUGCCCCUCCAGGCCUGAACCUCCCCCGAGAUCCAGACCCCCAAAAGACCAUCCAGAUACUGCAAGCCCAGCUGUCAGCUGCUUUGUCCGAAGUGGAGACCGUCCGAGCUGUGGCUGCCGUGAGCGAAGGCACGAAGCAUGAGGCCGUGGACACUGUCCGGCGCCGGUGCCAGGAGGAAGUGGCUUCCCUGCAGGCCAUCUUGAAAGACACCAUCUCCAGCUAUGAGGCUCGCCUCUCAGCUUUGGAGCGUGACGGCCGGGAGAAUACCUGGAGUCGCUUGCUUGCAAGGCCCAACCCCCUGGACUCGUUGGAGAAGCAGAUGGAAAAGGCGCAAGAGGACACUCUGCGGCUCCGGGCGAUCGUUCUCCCCAUGGAGCAGGAAAUUGCCGAGCUGAAAGCAAAGCUGGCGCAUGCCGAGGGCCUGGUUCAAGAGCUGCAGGGCGAGCAGCGUUCCCUAUGUAGCUCUGCUGAAUCCCUCCUCGCUGACUCUGAGGCCGUGCCCUCCGAUGCCCCUGGAGACGACCCUGUCACUUUGGUGGAAGGAGGAGGAGGAGUGGCAGAGAAAUUUGCCCGCAGCCUGGACAGCGUUUCCAUCGCCUCUUUCUCGUCAUUGGCACCGAGUCCGGGGCCUGCUGUCCGGCGCAGGCGCCCCCCUAGCCCUGAGACGGCCUCCAUCGCUUCCUCCACGGGGACCCUGGUGCCCGAGACCAUCUACUUACCACCGGCCGGGUACCAGCUGGUGCCUGAGUCAGAGUGGACGCAGCUCCACACCCAGGUGCGGCAACAGUGUGAAGCCCUGGAAGAGGGGGCACGGGAAAAGGCCGGACUGCAGGAGGCCCUGAGGCGCAGCAAUGAGGAAUGCAGUAAGCAGGUCCAGGUUCUUCUGACUCAGGUGCAGACUUCAGAGCGCCUCCUCCAAGGCCUCCAAGCUACAGUGAGCGAAACCCAGCGCCAAACUCAGGAGCAAAUGGCUGACCUGGCUGCUUCCCACAAGCGCCUGAGCUACGAACUGCAGCGCCUCAGUGCCGAGAACGAAGGGCUGCGGGGGGCCAGUUCCCAGGAUUGCUGCCCACCGGAAUCUGAUGAGAGCCGGAGCUUGCCUGGCACUGUCCCGGAGCUGCAGGCCUUGGUGCGCCAGUUGAGGCAAGAGUCUGCCUCUCAGCUCCGCGCUGCCGAGCACCAGGCCGAGCGCCUACGAAUCGAGAUUGUGUCCCUGAGGGAGCGGUUGGACCAGGAGACAGCCUCUCGGUCAGGACUGCAGGGGGCGCUGGAGAGAGAGCAAGAAGAACGAGGUGAGGGGGGGGAGGUGGGCCAAGAAUUAGGUGAGGGAGGGGGUCUCCUGGGAUUAGCAUCUGUUGGCUUUCUAGGAAUCUGAAAUAGCUUUGUAGUGUUGUGGAUGUGAUUAAUGAUUCUCUAUAUUUCUCCUCUCUUCCCUUGUGGCUUCUGGCUGGCAGAGCUUUUGCAAGCCUCCCUGAACAGUAUCCGGACUGAGAUGGAGAGGCUGCAGCAAGGGCAGGAAGAGAUUAGUAGAGCCCAGGGAUGUGUGCAAUCUGAUGCUCCCUCUCUGGGAGAAGCCAGCGGCCUUCAGGAUAGGAGGACAGAGCCUUAGAAGGAGGUUAGGGUAGGUCCCCUCUGCCUUCCUCACCUUCUUGGCACAAUGGGAACCUCAGGGAAACCUGUCAGGCACCAAAGGGGUCAUCUCUGUCCUCUGGAGCUCUUCCAGGUCCCCUCCCUACAUGGGCAGGAGAGCAAGAACUCUGGAGGGAGGAUGGCUGGAACCUCCCAUUCUUUACUCCCCUUCCCACCGAAUGACACUGGAGCUUCCAGAACACAAUAAAGGAAAUUUUUGUACCUUC